UAUAAUAAUGCUGUGAUGUUUUAGACGACAUACAUGAAUACAUUAAUUCAUUAAUUUUAAUCAGGCACAAAUUGUACAACCUCCCUGUUCCUCCAUGUGUUCAAGGACCCCUCAAGAUGUCCAUGCUUGCCGAGCCUCGUCGUAAACAGAAGUGGUCUGUGGACCCCAGAAACAGCGCUUGGAGCAACGAUGAGUCCAAAUUUGGACAGAAAAUGCUGGAACGCAUGGGCUGGGCCAAAGGAAAGGGUCUUGGCAAGAGUGAACAGGGGGCUACAGAACACAUCAAGGUUAAAGUCAAGAAUAACGGCCUGGGUCUGGGCACUACAACAAACAACGAGGACAACUGGAUUGCCCACCAGGAUGAUUUUAAUCAACUCCUUGCUGAGCUUAACAGCUGCCAUGCACAAAACAACACUGAUAACCCCACACAGGAACAGGGAUUUAGUUUGGAAGAAAAGUCAAAGACAUCCAAGAAAAGGGUCCACUACAUGAAAUUCACUAAGGGAAAAGACCUGUCCAGUCGCAGCGAAACAGACCUAGCUUGUAUUUUUGGGAAGCGAUCGAAACAAGAGACAAGAGACCAAGAUGAGGGAAGCAGUGGACCUGACUCUCAGGAAGAGAGAGAAGAGGACAAAGACACAGUAACUAAUCUGAACCAAGAGACACAAUCAAACACUGUGACCAGCACACUGACCAUGCAAGAGUACUUCGCCCAGCGGAUGGCCCAGAUCAAGAAGACUGCGUCUUCAUCUGAGGUCAGCAGCAAUGCAUCUUCUCCACUGGCUACACCUGCCUCCAUGGAGGACUCCCCCAACACCAGGGAUAUGGAACAGUCCAAAAAGAAGAAAAAGAAGAAAAAAGACAGGGAGAGUGAAAGAGAUGUGGAGGAAGAUGCACUGACCUCAGUAACAGGAGAGUGUGUUGAAGAGACAAAUCGCUCACAGAAAAAGAAGAAAAAGAAUAAGAGGAAACGUGAGGAGCGGGAUGAGGAUGGAACUGAAGUGGGCAGCGCUCCUACAGUAAUGGAUGGCACCACUGAAGAAGACGCUCCCACCACGGGAAAGAGGAAGAAGGAGAAAAAAACAUCUCCAGAGGUUCAUGCAGAUGAACUUAAAACAAUAGAGACUGGGAAUAUGGACCAUAAAGUUUCAGAUAAAAAGAAAAAGAAGAAAAAGAGAGAACGGGAUGAAGAGGAAGGAGCAACUGAGGAAGUGGUGCCCAAAAAGAACAAGAAAAAACAGAAGAAAUGAUUUCUUACAAUGAACUGCUCUCGGAACGCUUGACUUUCUGAUACCAUCAUGUUUUUGAUAUCGAGAUCACCAAAAUGAAUGACAAUGAAGCUGAUGAAUUUACAUUUAUAAUAGUUUUUUUUCUCCAUAUUUAAACUAAAUGACAAAACAUUAAAAAACAACAACAACAAA